AAUACUUCUGAACAAUACGGCAACAUAUAAUUUAAGAAUGCACUUUGCUCGCUAGCGGCACUCAAGCAUGUGGUUAAUAUUUCUUAUUUGGAGCUUUGGCGCUAGCACCGUCGCUAGCCUGCACACGCCACGCUGUUCCAACAGUGGUCCACCAGUGUGCGCGACGAAUGGCCAGGAAUAUCUUUAUUUCGGCAACGAAUGCAAACUGAAUGCGUAUAUUUACCAACAACAAUUCCAGGGAAAACCGAUUCCCGUCAGGACGGACAUGGAAAAUUGUUUGUUCCAUUGCUAUGAAAUUGUCUGCCCAUCGGUAUAUAAACCAGUUUGUGUGCAGCAAGUGCCUGCAGGGCCGAUAACAACGGUCGAGCAUCCAUGUCUAGUGAACCGACUGAUUUGCGAGACUAAACAGCAUUGGAAAAUCAUUAGCGAAGGACCUUGCAUCCCGGAUUAUAGAUUCUCUUCUGCGACAGCACAAGAUUACCAAACGUAUGAUCUUAGCUCUGCACCUUAUGAUAGCUCAGCUCAAGCUCAAAUACCAACGCCACCUUCCUAUGGAUCUCACGGCCAAGAUUACGAUGUAGCAGCUCUUGUACCUUUACUUGGCAAUGCGCCAUCACCAUCGUGGUACGGUGUUCAAGAAACAGAUUAUGCAGUGCCAGUUCUUGCUUCUAUCUAUGAUCUUAACCCCGCCCCUGCGUCUUAUGACGGCUCAGCUCAAACUCAAACACCAACGCCAGUCUCGUAUGCAGCUCAUGGUCAAGAUUAUAAACCACCAGAUCCUGCACCUACACUUUACGCUGCACCACCAACAUCAGGGUACGGAGAUCAAGGCAAAGAUUAUGCAGUGCCAGCUCCUGCUUCUAUCUAUGAUCUUAACCCGGCCCCUGCGCCUUAUGACGACUCAGCUCAAACUAAAACACCAGCGCCAGUCUCGUAUGCAGCUCAGGGUCAAGAUUAUAAAGCACCAGAUCCUGCACCUACACUUUACGCUGCACCACCAACAUCAGGGUACGGAGAUCAAGGCAAAGAUUAUGCAGUGCCAGCUCCUGCUUCUAUCUAUGAUCUUAACCCGGCCCCUGCGCCUUAUGACGGCUCAGCUCAAACUCAAACACCAGCGCCAGUCUCGUAUGCAGCUCAGGGUCAAGAUUAUAAAGCUCCAGAUCCUGCACCUACACUUUACACUGCUCCACCAACAUCAGGGUCCGGAGAUCAAGGCAAAGAUUAUGCAGGGGCUGCUCCUGCUUCUAUCUAUGAUCUUAACCCGGCCCCUGCGCCUUAUGACGACUCAGCUCAAACUAAAACACCAGCGCCAGUCUCGUAUGCAGCUCAGGGUCAAGAUUAUAAAGCACCAGUUCCUGCACCUACACUUUACGCUGCUCCACCAACAUCAGGGUACGGAGAUCAAGGCAAAGAUUAUGCAGCGCCAGCCCCCGCUUCUAUAUAUGAUCUUAACCCGGCCCCUGCGCCAUAUGACGGCUCAGCUCAAACUCAAACACCAGCGCCAGUCUCGUAUGCAGCUCAGGGUCAAGAUUAUAAACCACCAGAUCCUGCACCUACCCUUUACGAUGCUCCACCAAUAUCAGCGUACGCAGAUCAAGGCAAAGAUUAUGCAGUGCCAGCUCCUGCUUCUAUCUCUGAUUCUAAACCGGCUCCUGCACCAUACAAAGCCUCAGCUCAAAAUCAAACACCAGCACCAGUCUCGUAUGCAGCUCAGGGUCAAGAUUAUAACGUGCCAGCUCCUGUACCUACACUUUACGCUGCCCCACCAACAUCAGCGUACGGAGAUCAAGGCAAAGAUUAUACAGCGCCAGCUCCCGCUUCUAUCUAUGAUCUUAACCCGGCUCCUGCGCCUUGUGACGGCUCAGCUGAAACUCAAACCCCAGCGAUAAUCUCCUAUGCAGCUCAGGAUCAAGAUUAUAAAGCACCAGAUCCUGUACCUAUACUUUAUAAUGUUCCAAAUUGGAAUACGGCACCACGCCCAUUUUCAUACGCAGGUCAAAGUCAAACUUGCACAGCCUCAGCUGCUGCUCCUCUAAUUAAUUCUGUGGCGGACCAAAGUCCCAUAUCACCACCAUAUUCUUACGGAGUUAUAGGCCAAUCUAACGAAGUACCUGCAGCCCCAGCUCCUGCUCAGGCAUCUUAUUCUGGGUCAGACCAAUAUGCAGCACCAUCACCGUUUUCCUAUAUAAUUCCAUUAGAAACAACAAAAUCAGCUCCGUACUCAGACCCAAAUCAGUAUCAAGUACCUGCACCAUCACAUUUUGUAGUGCCAUUACUCUUUGCUACUCCAGACAAAAGCUCAUAUCCAUCACUACCGUAUUACAAGUCACCACUACAGCCAGAUCCUGUAUCUGCUUCCUAUUCAGUGCCAUACCCAUUUGCAGCACCACAACAAGCAUCAGAUGCUAAUAUGCAAUCAACACCAACUCCAAAUCCGUACGUUGCUCCAGUUCCAGAUUUCGCAAAUUAUCUAAGAGGGAAGCUCGGACGAUAUCCGGACCCAGUAUUCGAUAACAGUUACUCAGAACUGGCAACAGCAUUAAAUAUUGCACGACUUUUCCGGUGGCUGCGUUUGCCUUUCGGACCAAUUUAUUACCGGCCGAAUUACAUUCAUAUUAUUUAUAACGAAGAUUAGAUAACGGUCCAACAAGUAAUUGCCAUGUGUUACAAGUUAUGACCCAUAAUGGGUGAAACGACAGAGUAGU